AUGGUCGUAUUCGAUGUCUUCCUGACGCAUGGCAAAGGGCUCCCCGCGCCAAGUUCUUUCAGCAACUAUGAAUCUUGGACCAAGGCGGCCGGCCUGGAACCCACCGUCGAAGAUCUUUGCAAUGGCGCCAAGCUCCUCUGGGUCGGACCAAAAAGCCUGGACAAGGUGUUUUUUUAUUGCCACGGAGGAGGUUACAAAAUUAGCCUGGGUGGAAAACAGCUAUCUUGGCUGCGUUACAUGCAACUAGAACUCGAAAAACGAGGUGUUAAUAUCGGUAUCGCCGUCGUUUCAUACAAUCUCCUCCCCAAUGCCGUUUUCCCCAGCCAAUUACGCGAAGCAACAGACGGUCUUAAGCGCCUCAUAUCAGCGGGUGUCUUACCGGAGAACAUCAUCAUCGGUGGUGACUCUGCAGGAGGGAACCUCACACUCCAGCUUCUCUCCCACAUACUCUAUCCCCUACACUCGAUAGAACCAGCCCCGGUCCGCUCGGACGCGCAUUUUCGCGGUCUACUCCUCGUUUCACCCUUUGUCGGAGCGAUGCAGGAUGCGCAGAUGCCUUUGUCACUCCUAGCUCCCCGACACGAGCGCGAUUUUAUCCCGGCGGAGUACCACAGUGGUGUUUGUCAGGAUCUUCUUAGGGAUGUCCCUCCAGAUGACAUUGCAUACGUGGAUGUUUUGGAGGGGCGAAAGGAGUGGUUCAAGCCUCUGAGUCAAACCGUUGGGCGCAUCCUCGUCACAGUGGGGGAAUGGGAUUUUCUUCGGGAGAAGGGUGAGCGGCUUUAUGAGGGGUAUUUGAAGCCCUUUCAUGGUGACAUCAGGUUCGUGCUGGAGAAGGAUGGGAUUCAUGUUACGCCGAUCUUUGAUUUUGUCGCGAAGGAGAAGCGGUUGAACGAGUUGACGCCCUUGAUGAUUGAGUGGUUGGCCGACACCAUGAAGGAGUCUCGGUGA